AUGGCCACUAUCCCGUUUUUCGAUCCCACAAGACCACCUCCGCCUAUAACAAUUCCUCCACCUAUCUUCGAUCAGUCCAGUGAUGAAAACAUAGUACAAGAGUUCCUCAGGUCAAGACCUCCAGCGUCAAGUGGGCGCACAAUCAAACAAUCCGCACAUGCACCUUCAAUUACUAACCUACGAUCAGAGCUAGCUCAGCUAAUAGAAGAAAUCGAGCGUAUGAAAGCGGAUAAGGAAGUACUUGAAAAGGAAAUCAUAUCACAACCGGAUUUCAAGUGCGAUGUCCAAUUGGAGCAAUUACAAUUGCUACAACGCAGCAUUGAAAGUAAACUGGAGCGCCUAAAUGAUCCCGAUCGACUCAAGCUACUUGGCAAGAAGCUGCAUGGGCGCAGAAAGAAACGUGCUUGGCUGAAACGCAGAAACAACAGAUCAAAGCAAGAAAGAGAAGAAGCGAUUAAAAGUCGCACAAAACUACAUGCACAGAUAGAUGAAUGGCAACAAGAGCAGCGAAAACUGGUGGAGAAGGAAAAGCAAGCUCAACAGGAGCUGGAUUAUGCUAGUCACUUUCUAGCGGAUGUGCAUCGUCGGAAAGCGGCAUGCAAGAGAUAUUUGACAAAAUUUGAGAAGAUGUUGGAUAGCGCAACAUUGGACCGAGACAUGCAAGUCGAAAUCGACGAACUUCGUCGAAUAUGGGCUGCCAAGCUGUCGGAUUGCGUGAAGGAAGAAAAACGAUUGAGGGAUGUAUUGGCGCGCAAAUCUGCGGCCAACUUCCAACGCCGUGUAGAGAACGAGUGGAACAAAACCCUGUUUGGGGAUGCGAUUCCGAAAAAGUUUGAACACCCACUGCUCGGGGCAGACCGGAAUCGGGAGGUGCUGAUUGAAAUCCGUCGCGAUUGGGACGCCUGUCUGGUCAACCGGGACGACGAUGACGACAGGGGUAGUGCGAUUCCUCUAGGUUGGGUGCUACCGAACGCCACUCCUUCGUCGGAGUGGGCUAAGUAUCAAAUCAUGGAAACAAUUUAAAUAACUGUAGUUCAGGGUAGUUCUGCCGUUGGAGAACUAGUUUAAAACAUGAAUGUGUUAUGAUUUAGCAUUUAAUAAAUCUUAGAUGGGAAGUUCAGAACUUUUUU